AUGUUUCUCUCUCUCUCUCUCUCUCUCUCUCUCUCUCUGAAACUGUUGCUUACUCCUCUGUUGUUAUCAUUUACCUAUCUUUCCUUCUUUCUCAUUCUUCAUCCUGAUACUAAUUUAUUUAUUCAAUUUUUAUUUGCACUUAUUUUUAAUUUCCGGAAUUCGACACCAUCCUACCGAUGCUAUCUAUUGCUCUCUUUAGUUUCUUUCAACUCUUAUACCUUUUCUUUUACUUCUUUAUUUCUUUUCAUAUUUUUUAUAAUUCCCUUUCCUUUCUACCAUAAGUUUUCCCACAAGUCUUUCUUUCUUUCUCAUUUUUUUUAUUCUAUCUCUGUCUUCCUUUAUCUUUCUUUCUUUCUCGUUUGUUAUUCUUUUUCUAUCUUCCUUUAUCGAUCUUUCUUUCUUUCUCUCUCUCAGUCUUCCUUCUUUUCUUGGUCUAUUUUCUUUCCGAUCUUUUCAUUCAUUCUUUCUUUUUUCAAUAUGUCUUUCAAUAUUUCUUCCACCUCUCCUUUCUUUCUUUUACGCGUUUGCUCCUUCUUUCUUUUACGCGUUUUCUCUUUCUUUCUUUUACAGUUUUUCUUUCUUUUUCAACUAUUCAUUCCUAAUUAUUAUUUCUUUCACGCUAAAAAAAAUCUCUCUUUAUGUUACUCUCCUUUCUACUUGCAUGUUCCUACCCUUUCCCUUUACCAGUAUUAUAUCAUCACCCCUCCUCUUCCUACAACCACCACUGCGUCUUUUUAUUAUACCUCAAACUUACACCCCUUCUUCUCCUCUUUCGUGAGUUCCUUCCACUUUCUUUAA